ACGCAAAAACAUGCAUACCGUAUCAAAUGCUAUAAAAGACCCGGAUUUUACCUCAUUUUCAAGUGGGGUAGUGGAAAUGAUGUUGACUCUCACUGUAUCUCCUGAGACCUUGUUCUUUGAAUAAAUUAAUGCAUAAUACUAAAAGACAUUCUGCAUUUCACUCUCUCUCUCUCAGUCUCUCUUUAGUCACUGUUCAUCUGUCAGCACUUUUAGUUUGUUGAUGGAGUCUUUAUGCUAUGCUUUUGAGGGGAGAGGACUGCUGUUUUCAGACGAUAUCGAACUCCCAGGAGAUAUGAAACCACUUUCUGAUUUCGAUAAGAACAUGUUAGUUCCUAUUGGAGAAGGAAAUGGGGGAACAGAAUUUACAGAAUUCGGUUUGCCUCAUAUGACGAAAAAUUUGCUUCUGGAUGGUCCGGCCUGGUGUUCAACUGCAGAGACGGAUGAUAAUCCAACAUCUACUAGUAUUUUUAACUUGUUUCCGGGGGAAAUGGAAUUGGGAAGAUUUUCGAGUUCUUCCAUUAGAGCCAGAGAUAAGACAUUGCCACAGAUUAAUUUGGAGGUGGAGAAUUUGGCUGCUAGGAGAGAAAUCAAUGGAACUUCAGUUUCAAGGGAAAAGUCCGUCUCGUCUUCUCCAGAGUCCCAGUUACCUGCAAAAAGAUCACUGUGUACGAAUUUGCAUUCGCGGCUGCCAGUCUGCCAAGUGUAUGGUUGCAAUAAGGAUCUAAGUUCCUCAAAGGACUAUCACAAAAGACAUAAAGUAUGCGAUGUUCACUCAAAGACUGCUGUUGUUAUCGUUAAUGGCAUUGAGCAAAGGUUCUGUCAGCAAUGUAGCAGGUUUCAAGUGCUGGCAGAAUUUGAUGAGGGUAAACGAAGUUGUCGUAAGAGCCUAGCAGGGCACAAUAAGCGUCGACGAAAGCUUCAACUGGAUACUCACCUUGGUCCCUCGUUGAUGGGAGCAGAUUUAUCAAGAUCGUCCUUCCUUUUAUCGGGAAAUCUUCCUGGCGGCUUCUUUCCUCAACGAUUCGAUGAGCCAAACAACAACUGCAGCAAGCGUAUCAAAUAUGAAGGGGGGGCAAAUCAAAUAUCCGAAUUAGCCAUGCCCAUGAAAUUCUGGCAAUCGUGUGCUAAGCCAUUUCAAUAUCAUUCGAAAAACUGUCUGGACUCACCAUCAUCGAUUCAAGAAUUAUCUCAGGGCUCAAACUCCGGGCGUGCUCUCUCUCUUCUGUCGCACAACAUAUUGAGCAAUUAUGCAGGCAGUCCAAAGGCUUUUCCUCUGAUCUUCGAAGAAGAUAAUCGUACUAACUGCAGAAUGGAUGAACUUUUUCAAGAAUCAAAUGCUAUGACUGCUAAGAAUUAUAGUUCUCCCGAAGUUGCAGAAACAGUCGAUUUGUUCGAGUUGUCAUUUCAUCUGGAAAGAGUAGAGCAGCAGAGGCAUUCUGCACAGGCGAAGCAGGAAAAUGAUAUGUUCUCCUGCUCCACAAUUACUUGAAAGAGUAUAACUGCUGCUGCAAAAUUUGUAAAAAUGUUUAUUUGAAAUGAAUGAUUGUAGUUAAAGAAAAUAAGA